AUGUAUUUCUCCGCAGCUCAUCAAGAGACCAACCUUCGGGUGCUUCGCCAGAUAAUUCGCGACUACCCUCUUGGCUCCAUCAUUACCGGUAUCCCCUCAGCAAAGUAUCCGUUCCUUCAGAUGAGUCACGUACCGUUUGUGCUCGACGUUGAGGACGAAACAAGUGAGACUGAGAAGGGCUGUUUAAGGGGUCAUCUUACGCGACAGAACCGCCAGAGCCAGGCAAUGAUCGAAGCCUUGACCUCCAACCCAACACCAGACAAUGUUUUGGACCAAGAAGUUCUUGUGGUCUUCACAUCUCCAGACCACUAUGUUACGCCAAAGUUCUAUACGGAAACCAAGCCCUCGACGGGAAAGGUGGUACCGACAUGGAACUACGCAGCCGCGCAAGCCUAUGGACGAGCGAAAAUAUACUACGAUGCCAAAUCCGAAGAAACAACCGAGUUCCUUGGUAAACAGCUUGCGGAUUUAAGUUACCAAAGUGAAACGAGAAUCAUGGGAUACACAGGAGGGGAGGGUCCAACAGAUUGGAAGCCAUCAGAUGCCCCUGAGCCAUACAUCAACCUCUUGAAGAAAAGCAUCAUUGGCAUUGAGAUCGUUAUUGACAGGCUCGAGGGCAAGUUUAAGAUGAGCCAGGACAAAAAGUUCAAUGACCGACAAGGUGUUAUACAGGGAUUUGCAGGACUGGAUACGGAGGGAUCAUCAGCCGUAGGAAAGAUGAUCAAGGAGCGAAGUGAUCUCAAGGACCAGGGGAAAUAG